AUGAACCGCCUCUUCGGCUCCAAGCCCACGGGCCCCAAGCCAACCCUCACCGGCGCAAUCACAAACAUCGACACCCGCAUCGCCUCCAUCGACACCAAGCUCAAGGCCCUCAACGGCGAGCUCUCCGCCUACCAGGAGAAACUCUCCAAGAUGCGCGACGGCCCCGGCAAACAAGCCAUCAAGCAAAAGGCCCUCAAAGUCCUGCAGCGCCGCAAGGCCUACGAGGCGGAAAAGGACAAGCUCGAGAGCCAGGUCUGGAACAUGGAGCAGGCGCAGAGCAUGCAGGAUAACCUCAAGAACGUCAUGACCCAGGUCGACGCCAUGAAGACUACGAACAAGGAGCUGCGCAAGCAGUAUGGGAAGAUUGACAUUGAUAAGAUUGAGCGUUUGCAGGAUGAGAUGGCGGAUUUGCUUGAUGUUGGGAACGAGAUUCAGGAGAGUUUGGCUCGCGGGUAUGACAUUCCUGAUGAGGUGGAUGAGUCGGAGCUGGAUGCUGAGCUUGAGGCCUUGGGUAUGGAGGCUGAGCUGGAGCAGGAAUAUGGCGCUGGGGCUGUGCCGGGAUUCUUGCAGGACGAGGUCGUGCCCGAGUUUGUUGAUGAGCCGCCGCAGACAGAAGAAAAGGUCAAGCAAGCUGCGGGCUAG